GCGGACAGCGCGUUCUAUCGGUUAUCGGUUCCACACGAUGGGGGAUAUAUUUAAUCUAUUACUGCUACUCCCAGGAUACUUAACUUCAUCGUGCCUAGGACGUCUCCUCUUUUUAACCCAGGAGGCCUUAAAGGGUUAAAAGUUAAUUUUUGUUUUCAAAUAUGCUGCAAUCAAAUCGUGUCCUACAAAAAGAACAAACUGAACUCUUUGCCAUUCAAAAGAAGUUAGAGCAAGUGCUGCCAGUUAUCCAGGAGGCUCUAAAUUCACUAAAGGUGGAGGAACUGCAUCUAAAGUCGCAAGUGGUUGGUCUGCAGAACGCAAAUAUGGAGACCACUCCGUCCAGAGAUCCGCUUCAUAUGGAUCUUACUGAACAGCCUCAGCCCACUUCUUCUAUGGAAUCCCAGCACAUUAAUAGCCAGCGAAUAAAUCUCGAUACGUUCAGCCAACAGAGGCAGUUUGACGAGGAGGUCGACUCGGACUAAAACGUUUAUUAUCGGUUGCAUCUUGGCCAGAGCUUCACCAGACCACGUACAUUUAGGGGACUUAAAUUAUAAAUACAGUACAUAUAUACGUAA